AAACCACCCUCAGUCUUGCUGGACAGGAAAGGAAAAUAGCGUCUUUCUUUGACAUCCGAGCGGAGACGGAAAGAAACGGUACAAUCCAGAAAAUAUUUUGAUGGCUAAGAGGGAAAUGUCUGUCACGCUUGACAUGAAAAAGGGCCCAUCUCCACUGAAGAAAAAACACAGUGAGAAAGCAGCCAGUGCCUCCUUGUGCAGCCAGUAUGAGGAGAAAGUCCGCCCUUGUAUUGACCUCAUUGAUUCCCUGAGGGCCCUUGGAGUGGAAAAGGACUUGGCGUUGCCGGCAAUUGCUGUGAUUGGAGACCAGAGCUCUGGGAAAAGCUCCGUUCUAGAAGCACUGUCUGGAGUCGCUCUUCCUAGGGGCAGUGGUAUUGUUACCCGAUGUCCCUUAGAGCUCAAGCUGAAGAAAAUGCAGCACAAAAAGGAGUGGGAAGGGGAAAUCGAGUAUUUAGACACAGUGCAAGAACUGAUGAGCCCAUCAGAGGUGGAAGCUGCAGUCAUAAGGGCCCAGAAUGCAAUGGCUGGUGAAGGAGUGGGCAUUAGCCACAAUUUAAUUAGCCUGGAAAUCAGCUCCCCAGAUGUUCCAGACCUUACUUUGAUUGAUCUCCCAGGGAUUACAAGAGUGGCUGUGGGUGAUCAGCCACGAGAUAUUGGACAGCAGAUAAUAAAAUUAAUCAAAACAUAUAUCACCAAACAAGAAACGAUCAAUUUGGUAGUGGUGCCGAGUAACGUAGACAUUGCAACUACGGAGGCACUGAAAAUGGCUCAAGAGGUAGACCCUGCCGGAGAGAGAACACUUGGCAUCCUGACCAAGCCUGACCUGGUUGACAAGGGAACAGAGAUUGAGGUAGUUGACAUAGUCCGCAAUCAAAGAGUUCCCCUGAGAAAAGGAUACAUGAUAGUUAAAUGUCGUGGGCAGAGGGACAUCGAUGAGAAAGUGUGCUUGGCUGAUGCAAUCCAGAGAGAGAGAACGUUUUUUGAAGAGCAUGACUUUUUCAGCUCUCUUUUGGCGGAAGGCAGAGCUACUAUCCCACUGCUGGCAGACAGGCUUACUCAGGAGCUGAUAGAGCACAUUAAAUCGCUACCAACGUUAGAAAAGCAAAUAAAGGACAAACUUGAGGCAGCAAAUGCGAAGCUGCAGCAAUGUGGCCAAGGUGUGCCUGAAACUAUGGACGAAAAGAUGCUUUUCCUCGUAGAAAAAAUCAAGAUUUUUAAUAAGGAUCUCACAGAAAAAGCGGAAGGACAAGAAGUUUUAAGGGAUAAGAAAAAAACAAGAUUGUUCACAACAAUGCGACAAUUCUUUAAUGACUGGCAGGAGGAGGUAAAUCAAAAUGCGCAAAAUGUCAGAGACAUUAUGAACGAAGAAGUACAUAGCUUUGAAAAGAAAUAUCGUGGCAAAGAACUCCCAGGGUUUGUCAGUUACAAGACCUUUGAGGACAUCGUAAGGCAGCACAUUGUGAUGUUACGGUCGCCAGCUCUUGAGAUGUUGAAGGAUGUCGCGGAACUCGUGCGGGACGCAUUUGUUGAAACUGCCAACCAACACUUUAAUAACUUUCACUAUCUCCGCAGAGCCGCUCAGAACAAUAUUGAAGAUAUAAAACUGAAGCAAGAGGACGAAGCAGAAAUUAUGAUCAACUCUCAAUUUAAACUGGAAAGUAUUGUGUACUGUCAGGAUGAUAUAUACAGUGGAGAUUUAAAGGAUGUUAGAGCCCAAAGUACAACUUUUCUAGCUUUAAGGGCACACCGUGUUCUGACUGCUGCAAAGCAAUGCUCCAUGGAAGAAAUGGCCUACCACUUGAAUGCCUACUUCAAAAGUGCUGGAACCCGUCUUGGCACCCAGGUUCCCAUGAUAGUUCAGACAUACAUUCUCCAGGAUUAUGCCGAGAAGUUACAGAAUGCCAUGUUGACGCUCUUGCAAGAUAAAGAUCAGUAUGGGACUCUGCUUCAGGAGCAGAAAGAUGCUGCUGAUAUGAGGGCCACCCUAAAGGAAAGGAUCGACCGUCUUACCAAAGCUCGACAGCGCUUAGCAAAAUUCCCUGUUUAAAUGAGAGGUGUUUCCAUGUUUCCAGUAGCAGGUGGUAGGGAGUCCCAUUCAGUGCUUGAGUAAUGCAUAAAGGGUUUUUUUCCUAAUCAAAAAUUGUUUUUUAAAAUACAAAAUUAGGCGCUAAUACCCUAAUUAUCACACUUGAAGAAUGCAUUCAAAAUCAGAUGUGUGACAUAACAAAGAAGGUGAUAUCCAAACAAACUGUAAUAACUACUAAUUAUUAUUACAUAUGAUUUUCAAGCGUACAGACCAUUUUAUAUAUGGGAAGAAACCACUGGAAAACAGUGAUCUCCCCUUCAUGGGAUACACAUGGUGUACCAGGGUAUAUAACUUAUCACUGUGUACAGACUGGUUUCCAAAUCUAGAAAUGACUAAACAUUUACAUUCUGUAAAAAUGAAAUCGUGAACCAAUUCUAGAUAUGAUCAAAUUACAAAAAAAUGAAAAAAGUGGCCAAAUUGUUAACCUGCAUGUGUGUUUUCCUCCUGGAAAAUGUGGAUUUGAAUUUAUAACUUGACAGAAUUCUUUUUUAAACAUUCCAUGCAUUUAUUGAUCCUGUGAGUUAGCCCUGUGACUUCAAAGGCUGAGAGUUGUGUAUUUGCUGUGGAAAGAAUGUGCUUACCUUUUAAAAUAAAGUUAUCAUUGCUGGA